CACGACGCAGCCGUAACAAUUAUAAGUUUUAUUCAUCCAGAAAUUACUCAGCUUUAGGGAGCUAUGGACUGCGGAGGAGAGGGAUGUCUCGCUGCACAGAGAUGCAGAGCUGUUCACAUCGCUGUGUUAAACGAACACCGUGGCCCCUUUAAUGACGAGCUACAGAGAUAAAGACCUACAGCAGGUCAGCUGGUCUGAAACAGCUCAAGUGUGGCUGCCAGAACUCAGCUACAUGACCACCGCACCACAUUUCCAUAAGCAAGGCUUCCUCUGGACCACUAAAUACUAGCUGUAGUCCAUGUCCAGGCCUGCAGCUGACAUCUGGACCACAGAAGUGGCCCAGAUUCGGCCCAAACAUGGAUGAUUUUAUCUGCUGCUGAAGGAGAGAAGAACUUGACGGGUGUCGUUGGACGAAGCAUCACUCUGCCCGACUCUAUGAUGGAGAGAGGAUUUCUUUCACAUGACAGAACAAUCGUUGCUUUUGUGAUUAAAAAUAAAUUUGAGAUACAAGAGAAAAUCUACACAGACAAACUUUACUGGGACGAUAAAACUGGAAAAUUUACCAUUAAAAACCUGCAGAAGAACGACUCAGGACUUUAUGUACUAGACUCUAAAGAAGGGAAUGUUUUCUUGUCAUAUUAUCGUCUCAUGGUGUACGACGCUGCUCCACCUCCUGCAGUGAGGAGACUGAACAGCUCUGGCGGAUGCUUGUUGGAGUGUCGGGUGGAGGAAAAGACGGAGCUGUCGUGGUACAAAGACGAGCAGAUCCUGAACCAGAGCAGCUCUGGUCUCUCUCUGCUUCUCACUGUGCAGGAACAGGACUUCAGCUCCUCUUAUAGAUGUGUUGCUGCAAACCCUGCAGAAAGUAAAACUCUUCCAUUCGACGUUAGAACAUCCUGCAGAGAAGAAGAAGAAGCUGGAAGUCUGGGCCCAAGACAUAAUUGGACUGUUAUUAUAGUUGUAGCUGCUGCCGUGUCGAUUCUGUUUGUCAUACUGUUCUCCUGGAUGAUAAGGAGGAAAUAUCUGGGACAAAAAAGAACGAUCAGACAAACACAAGAUUCAGAAAAAAGAGAGGAGGAAGUCCAAUAUACGCAAAUUCAUAUAAGACCUGACGGACGUAAUCAGAGAGACAGUUUUCCUGAUCCUUCAGGACCAACUCUGAACAGUCUGACAACCGUCUAUGAUAAAGUGGAGGCUCAUCGUAUCCUCCCAACAGACCCUGCUGUUAAUGUUUAACCACAACCCACUGGUAUCCACCAUGACGGAGCAACAGAACUCAUCUAUGCUCGAUGAGCCAGAUGCUUUUUAAUAUUUCAUAUUUAUCUAUUAAAAGCCUGAUGUAUUUCUCUGUUACUGAAUAUUUAAUCACAUUUCAUUAAAAACAUUUCAACAGAUACUUUUUUAGAACCUUUUAGGUUAAUAUCGAUGCUUCAUGUGGGAGCUGCUGUGUACACAGAGCUUCCUUAUUAAGCAGCACAUUCUUUAGACUCUAAGUCGUAGCUUCGAACUAACAGUGAUGUCUCCGUGUUACGUUUGAUCAGAUUAAAAAAUUACACAUCGCCAAGAAAAACACACAAGGAAGAUGAAAGACAAUAUUCAUGUUAGAACUCAUUGUUCAUGUUAUUAAACCACAGGUCUGAGCAUGUUUUCUAGUAAAAAUAACCCGAUGAUGACUCAUCCAUCCUUUUGUGUUGGACAGAAUAGUCUUUGUGUGCUUAGUCAGCUUUACCUGUCCAGGUGAUGCAGUAACUGUCUGCAAGAGAAGCUGUGGAUAAGAAUCAGCUUCCAACUUUCUGUUUAUCAAAAUGAGGAUUUUAGUCCAUUUAAUGAAAUCUUCAUUAAAAACAUUAAAAUUCAUGUUUGUUUUAUUAAAGAUAAUUUUGUGUCAGAUACCUGAUUAUUUACAUCAAAAUGAUCCAAAGCUUUCUUUUUUUAAAUAAAAUAUAAUCUGUUAACAGAA